AAACAUUGAAUGCAAACAAUGAGUGAAUCGUUGACUCAAUUGCCGUCUAAUUGUUCACACAUUUCACACACAAUUGCAUUGAGUUUUGGUUGUAUUCACGGCUUGUAAUCCGUGUCUCAUAUGAUAGCCAAAGAGUGGCUGAUGUGAUAGUGGGGACCAAUUGGUGGCGAAACGAGUGGCGGAUAAUCACAUCCGACAGACAAACCACAGGAGAUGUUCACUAAAGCCAAAGGAGCGGCCGAUGAGAGGCAGGAGUUCUUGGAGUCGGCGAAAGCGCACAGACAUGAGAGGGAACGGGAGCGACGACUCAACCACUCAUCCACUGUCAUCCAGGCGGUGGUCCGCGGAUUCCUCGUCCGCCGUCGCCUCCAGAAUGAGAUCCGCAAAGAGUUUGACGAUUUGAUGGCUGAGCUCAUCGAUGGCGGCGACGAUAGUGUUGUUAAAUACGUGGACGCGAUCCGUAUCUACGAGUUGAUCCGCAAAUUGAUGUUCAUUUUCGACAACAACAAGGACUGGAAGCGCUUCGAGAAGAUGUGUAAAUACAUGAUCGCGACUAUGAUUUUGGCGGACAAUCACCAAACAGAUCCGCCAGACCUCGACGAACGACAAAUCAGUUACGUGUCAGUGGUUUUCAAUAAACAAAUGGCCGUUCAGUGGAUCCAACAGCUGAAGACUGUGCUGUGGAAGUGCUGCCAUUAUCUGAAACACUUGAAGCCGGAGUUACCGCAAGACUACAAACAGAUUCAGUUAUACCUCAAUAUGUUGAUCACAUUCACGUCGACCCACUCGUGGGUUAUUCUCAAAGAGUGUCCACAAGUGUACGAACCGUUGCGACCGGUGGUCAACCAGUUGUGUAAUAACGUGAUGAAUAGUCUGGUCUCCAAAGGACUGUACGCUAACCUCCAGAUCCUACUGAUGAAGGGUUUGAUGCGUACGAAACCCACGCUCAAGAAGUCGGCGUUGACUGCGAUCGUGACGCUGUCUCUGCGGCCAGUGAUCACCGCUAAGUUCAAUGAGUCGGUGAUGAAUAUGUUUUUGUUGCACAUCUUUUCCAUACCGGCGCUCGUCUAUCAUCUCAACACAAUCGCCACCGACUCGUUGACUGUCCUCUCGAACGAGUCGGUGCUCAAGAAAAGUGUGGAAAUCCUAUCGUUGGACCAAAACUCGCGAAUCCUGUUCAACGCACUCGAGGGUAACUACGCGUUGUGUCUGUUGGCUAACAUCAUACACCUGGCCUUCAUCGAGAUACCCAUCAACACAAUGGCUACCAAUAUGGUUGAUUUCAUCUGUGUUAUCACAAAACUAUUGGAAAGUUGUCAGAAGUAUGUGGUGAGCAAACAGUCGAGUCUAACCCACUGGCACCCAGUGCUCGGUUGGUUCGCCCAGAAUGUGGACCAAGGUUUACACGAGUCUAUGGUUUACGUCAAGUCUCAGCUCCAGUACCUCUGGAGUUCACAACUCAUUCAACUCAUAUUCAGUCCGUUAUUCGAGUUGAGCGACAAAUCCCUGACCCUAUCUCGACGCGAGAGCACCGGUUCGUUCACCACAGGAACCGCUCUCAGCGUCACUUCUGCUAAGAAUUCAGUCAACUCUACGAGAAGUAACUUCUUGAGGAAGGCGUUCGAAAAGGCGAGUCUGACUGUAGGCCGAGCGGGUCAGGGAGUGGUGGGCGGCGGACAGUCGGGUUCGUCGCUGAGCUGUCGUUUAGGCAGUCCUGAGACCACACUAAUCGCACUCAUCUGCAACCUCUACGAGACGGCCCUCAAUACGCUAACUCAAGUCAAACUCGACAUAUUGGCCGGACUUUGCUAUCAGGACCUCAUUCUUCCCAAUUUGUGGCACUUUAUCAGCGCUUUAGGUCCGGCCAACGGUAUGAAAGCCUUUUUGGAUCACUUGAAUCUCCACACGAAGACCUGUGCGCCGGAGUUCCAGAUUCUCAUACUGUUCUGCGAUUGUGCCACACAUUUGAUCACAAUUCUGGACGACAUGGAGAUGUAUGAAAGCCAACGGCCCUUCACUAUCGAGGAACUCAUCACAAUCUCAUCGUUUUUGAAUACAUUUGUGUUUAAAAUCAUUUGGAAUAAUCUAAUCGAUUUCAAGACAAUGAAUAUGAAUAGCCUUUUGAACUCAACGCACGCUUUCCUAAUGCUGUUGUAUAAGAGGGACUGUAGGCGACAGUUCACGCCCACCGACCACUGGCUAAUCAAAGAGCUGAAGACAUCGAACUUCAUGAAGGACUUGGAGACGGGUCGGAAAGGGGCGCAUCUGUUGAUGCAAAAAGUGCCGCACAUUAUACCCCAUAAGGAACGGGUAGUGCUGUUCCGGAAGUACGUGAACAACGAGAGGUCGGUGCUCGGACUGACCGAAUCGGCGUGCGCUUCGCCCCAAUCGACGCUCAUAACUGUCCACCGGUCGCGAGUGGUGGAGGACGGCUACCAGCAGUUGGCAACCCUUCCGCCGCAUUCGCUGAAAGGCGUGAUUCGCGUGAAGUUCGUGAACGAGCAGGGCUUGGAUGAGGCGGGCAUUGAUCAGGACGGGGUGUUCAAGGAGUUCCUCGAGGACACCAUUAAGCGUGUGUUUGACCCGUCGCUCAGUCUGUUCCGCGUGACGACCGAACAGCGCCUCUACCCGUCGCCCACGUCUCACAUCCAGGAGAACCACUUGUCGUUAUUCGAGUUCAUCGGCAAAAUGCUGGGGAAAGCCGUCUACGAGGGUAUUGUAGUGGACGUGCCGUUCGCCUCGUUCUUCCUGAGCCAAGUGCUCGGACAGCAACAAUCGGCGCUCUACUCGUCCAUCGAUGAGCUGCCGUCUCUGGACGCCGACCUCUACAAGAGUCUCACGUAUAUCAAGCACUACGACGGAGACAUCGGUCAACUGGACCUCACCUUCUCGAUCGACGAGGACUGUAUGGGACAGAUAGUGACGCACGAGUUGGUGACGGGCGGGCGCGCCAUACCCGUCACCAGAGAGACGCGCAUCAGUUACAUCCAUCUGAUGGCACACUUCCGGAUGCAUACACAGAUCCACGAGCAGACGGCCGCCUUCAUCCGCGGCUUCCGGUCUAUUGUGAACCCGGAUUGGCUCACAAUGUUCUCCACACCGGAGUUCCAGCGCCUCAUCUCCGGCGACAACACUCCCAUCGAUUUGUGUGAUCUCCGAAAGCACACCAAAUAUUUCGGCGGUUUUCACAACAAUCACAGAGUAAUCAUAUGGUUGUGGGAUAUCCUCGAGAAGGACUUCACGCGCGACGAGCACAACAUGUUCCUCAAGUUCGUCACGAGCUGUUCGAAGCCCCCGCUCCUGGGGUUCGCCCACUUGGAGCCCCCGCUGUCCAUCCGGUGCGUCGAAGUGAGCGAUGACAACGAUACGGGCGAUACAGUCGGCAGUGUUUUGCGCGGUUUCUUCACCAUUAGGCGCAAGGAUCCCAUCAACCGAUUGCCCACUUCUUCGACGUGUUUUAAUCUCUUGAAACUUCCCAACUAUCAGAAGAAGAGUACGCUUAGGGAGAAGCUCCGGUACGCCAUCGCCAGUAACACCGGCUUUGAACUCUCCUAA